UAGUUCCGAUAACUAGUUAUUUUAUACAAUUUCUAAAUAAUUUCUAUUAUAAAUUCUUUGACUAAAGCCGUUCGAUAAAUUAUAAAAUAACGGAUUUCAUACUUGAACAUACUGUAACCACCUAUUAAGUAUUUAGGUACCUAAAUAAUAAAAUACUAUUAUAAUCAAUGCUGUUACCUAAAUAAGUACAGGCUGCAUACGGUACACAAUAUAAGUACAUAUGCACGUCAAGCGGAAAAAUUCCACAGCGUUUAUGUCAUUUAUUAUUAUUUAAUUUGACUUCAACUCGAUAAAAAAAAUAAUUAUAAGUACCUACAUAAGUAUUAUACCUAUCUAAGGUUGUACAAUAUUAUGACUUAUGUUCAGGUAGGUAUACAGUAUUACUGUACCUAUACACCUAUAUAGUACGUGUAUUGUAUAUAAUAUGUAUCGCCGUGGGUGGGGAAUAACUAUUGUCCGUCGACGACGAACUCGAGUGGAGCAAAAACCGAAUCGUCGAUGAAAAGAAAGCGAGAAGGAAGUCAUAUAGGUACCUGCAGACUCGUGAUUGGUGGGAACGCUGAAGAGGGGCAGCAGUAUUAACAUGACAAGUAUUUAUUGUCAUUUGUCAUGAGUAUUGUUAAUACAAGCUUUUGUGUAUUUUGUAUCUUUUGUAACGGCGCGGCGGCAACAGCACUAGCGCCUACGUAGCGGGAUCGUGUCAAAACCCCGUACUACUAGUGUAGUAAUAUUGUUCAGACAAUUCGAUGCGUUGUUUACGCGUUGUCCGCACGUUUCGUUGACAACCAUAUUAUUUUUACGGUAACGCCACUCCGCAUAUCACGUCCCCGUGGACACUGUUACAGCUGACAUUCGUAUAGACACUGUUGCGCUGCGCUGACUGCUUGUACGUUCGUUUUCGAAUUGUUUAUCGACCGUUCAUUUGCCGCCCAGUAUAGUUGCCCGUUUUAUAUUGUACGCGUACGUUUUGAAUUCCGCGUCCAAAGGAAAAUGAAUAAGAACUUGAGCCAAGAUAUAUUCAAAGCGAUAUUUCUUAACGAUCUAAAUAGUCUGAGGGCGAUAUUCAACCACUACAAUCUCUACACGUGGAACAUGUUGGACAGACGCGGCCUGGCACCGAUCCACUACGCGGCGUACAGAGGCAGCGUGGAAAUCGUCAGCUGGCUCGUGGCUGAGGGCUCCAGAGUUAACUAUGGAAGAGACGAGGACCAAAAUUCUCCCUUGCAUUUGGCGGCUAUCAAAGGGAACAUUGAGGUUUGCAGUCUACUGUUGAAAUUAGGUGCCAAGAGAUAUGUGACCAACUACAUCAACCGCACGGCGGCUCAAAUGGCCGCUGAUAAUGGCCAUUUCCACUGUGCGACAAUAAUCAACAACUUCGUGCCCAAAGAAGAUGUCAGAUAUUACACAGUACCGGAGUUCACUGGCAGCGAACCAAAGUUGCCACCUGCAUUGGAAGGACUUUUUUACAAAUUUAUUAUGAUGACUAAUAUUCAUCCAGUAAAAGUGGUUUUUGAAUUACCUCCUGUUUUUCUCGUCAAUGAUAAUGCGUUAAAAAUUGUCAAUGUGUUACACUUGAUGAGCAAACGUCAAUUUUACAAGAAAGAAGAGUUUACAAGUACAAAUGAAAUGCUGUCAUUUAAAUUCCAUUAUCUGGCUACUAUUCUGUUCGAACUUGCAAAACCCAUUGAUGAUACAAGUAAAAAGCAAACAGAUCCCAAGGAUGUGUUUAUACAGAAAAUAUCCACAAUCCAUAAUUAUUUGCAACAGUUUCUUUAUGAGUGCAUUGUAAAGUUCACCUACAAGGAUUCUACACUUUUUAGAAAAAUGGUAUCUUAUAUGGUACAAGGAAUGGAUAGCCUGCCACCCCUUGACAUUAUACUACUACUGGUUGGAAAUAAACGUGCUCAGAGUGUUGAAUCAACUGUUGAACCACGUAUAACAUGUGCCGCAUGCGAAGAAAUAAAUGCUUCAAAAAAAUGUCCCAAGUGCAAAGCUGUGCAAUAUUGCAACCGCGAGUGUCUGCAAAUUCAUUCAGCCAUGCAUAAGAAGAAAUGUAAACAAAUACGCAAGGAAAUCAAAGAUUUAAAAUCAUCUGACGAGACUUCGGCUUUAGCCAAAUGUUUAUCUAAAAUAGGGAUCAAAUAGAUUGAAACCAAAACAAAUGGAGAAACAUAAUUUAGCAGAUAUUUAUUGGUUAUUAUUAUUAUUACAUUAUAUUAUGAUUAUUAUUAUUAUUAUUAUAUAUUGGCAUGCAUAUAAUAUUCAAUGGUUUAUUCUUUAUUGGUUUAGUUUGUAACUAAAUAAAAAUUUAUAAUUUAGAUUAACAUGUGAGAAUAAUAUAUAUAAAAUAAUUUGACUAUAAAUGUCAUCCUGAUUAAGUAUAAUAAAUAUAUUAUAGAUAUCUUUAUUGGCAAUAAAUUACUAUAAUUUUGUCAUUAUCCUUUUCUUAUCUAUUAUAUAUCACUAUUAAAACUAUUAACGAUACACUUUUAUAU